AUGGCCUGGGACCUGACGGGCGUCGAUUUCAGCUACCCGGAUGAGUACCAAGACGACUCAACCGUCCAGAACUACUUCCGCCCGCCGCACCCAACCGGCAGCCGCUGGGCGAAGCUCAUCGACGCGCUGGAAGUCUUUCGGCAGGUCGUCGAUCGCCGGGACCUGAACGCCCGGAUCGGGCUGGUCUCUUACUCGAGCAAUUACACGUUCGGGCUAUUCCAUUCGGCGACGGUGACGACCGACCAGACCAUGAGCCCAGAUACGUAUCGCUUCGUCGACGCCGCGCGGGCGAUCAGCCUGAAUCCGAUCAUCGGCGAUACGAAUAUCGGCGCCGGCAUCGACCGCGGGGUCUCGGUCAUCACCGAUCCGGCCGUUAGCCGCAUGACCGCCAACCGCACGAUUGUCCUGCUCAGCGACGGCCGCCGCACCGAGGGCGCCGACCCGAUCGGACGCGCGCAGCUCGCGGCUGGGCAACGCAUCACGGUGCAUGCGGUGUCGUUCGGCGACGGCGCCGAUCAGAACAUCAUGCAACAGAUCGCCGCUAUCACCGGCGGCAAUCACUACCACGCCAACUCGGGCGCCAAGAUGUUCCCCCUUAAGCUCCCCGCGACACGGACUCGCCGCCGCCACGCCUCGCUCUUGCGGCGCGGCGUGGUGGCGGUCGAGUUCGCGUUCUGCGCUUCGAUCGUCUUCUUCUUUUUCCUGACAAUGAUCGAGGUCGCCCGCUUCCAUAUUGUGCGGCACUCGCUCGACCAGGCCGUCUACGCCGGCGCCCGCGUCGGCAUUGUCCCCGGCGCCACCGCGGCCGACGUCAACCAGUCCGUCACCGAGCGUUUGGCGAUGGCGGGCGUCGUCGGCGCGACGAUCACCGUGACGCCACCGGUGAUCAAUACAUCCACGCAGGCCGUCACCGUCCACGUCGCGGCGCCGUACAACGAAAACAGUUGGACGCUUCCGAAGUUCUUCUCCGGCGUCGAUGUCGUCGCGGAGAUGACGCUGGACCACGAGAAUGUGGCGUUUAAUUAG